UUUGUCACUUAUCUCACAUUUUUUAGUAUUUUUUAGUUUAAAUUUUUACAGUAAAUACAAAUAAUUAAGUAAAUUUAAAAAUUAAAUAAUUUAUAUUUAAAUAAAAAAAAUUUUUUGUUAAAAAUAAUUUGUAUAGAAAAAAUAAUUUAUAAAGAGAAUUUUAAAAAUUGUGGAAUCGUAAAAGAAAAAGUGUAUACGUUACAAAUAAAAACACAUAAAAGAGAGGAAAAAAGAAACAAAACAAGAGAAAUUGCUUUAAAAGCUGAAGAAGUAGUGAAAGAAUUCGGAACAAGUUUUAUAUUUUUUUUUUUUUCUGUGUAUUUACUUAAAAUAUUUCAAUUGAUUGUCAAUAAUUCGAAUCCAGAAGGAAAAACAAAAAAAAGCAAAUUUUUUAAUUUUGCUCUUUUAAAAAUAAUGAGUAUGUCACAGAGGGACUAAAAGUGCGCAAACCGGAAGGAAAAAUUAACAAGAAAAGUUAAAUAUGAAAAUUUGUUCUCAAACUUUUAGUCUUAAUCAAAUUAAGGCACUUUUAAGAAAGGAUUUAUUAAUAAGACUACGGCAACCAUGGAUGCUGAUAGCUCAAAUAAUAUGGCCAAUAAUAAUAUUCAGUGCACUUUACUCAUUUCGGAAUCGUUUUCAACCAAAAUCAAUACCAGAUUGUCAAUAUCCAACCAGACAAUUACCAUCAAAAGAUAAUCUUUUACCAUUUUUACAUUCAUAUGUGUGUACGAUUGAAAAUAAAUGUAUGAAUGUUACACAAUAUGAAGAAGUUUUAUUGCUGGAUAAUGCACCGGCAAAACCGAUUGUCGAUAUUUUUCAAUUAAUUAUUAGCGAUAAUGAUUUAGUAGAUACAAUUAGUGACUUACCAAAUACAACAGAUUGGGUUGGAACUGUACUUACUUUAAUUCAAAGUCCAAAAUUUAAUGAUAUUCAAGAAAAUAUAUCGAAAUUCGUUUCGAAAUUUCCUCAGCUGAGUCAAUUAGUGGCUGGGGAUUUUAAUAUUAGUUUAAUGUUUUCAGAUAGUCAACAGUUUGCAAAAACGGGGUUAAUUUUGUGCGGGCACAAAUUUCCUGAAGAUAAUUUUAUUCGAAUAGUACGAGAUAUUGUCUACGGCGAGGAUGAAACUCCAAUUAAUCAAGAUGAAUUAGAUGCAAUGCCAACUCCAUAUUGUAAAAAAUUGUAUUUAGAUGUAAGUAGCACACGACGUGGUAAAUUAACAUGGAGUCAAGUAAAACCAAUUAUUCAAGGUAAAAUUAUUUAUGGGCCGACUAAUAAUGAAACAUCUGAAAUUAUGAAACAUGCAAAUACAACAUUUGAUGAUAUUAAUAAUUUGCGUAAAGUUUUUGAAGGUUUACAUUUAACAAGAGUUCGUUUGAAUACAGACAAGGAUUUUGAAAAAAGUUUUGAUGAUUUAUUGGAAUUGGCAAAAUCUCCUUUAGUUAAACUAAUUGCUGGUGAUAUAGAUGUCGAUCAAAUUGCAGCUGGACUUAAAUUUAUUAAAACUGAUAAAACAUUUGCUGAAGUUAUCGAAACUCUUUUUCAUAUUUUAGAAUGUUUUGCUGUUGAUCGUUAUAUACCAGUUGAAACAGAAUUUGAAUUUGAAGAAGUUGCAUUCGAUUUAAACCGUCGUCGACAGUUUUAUGCCGGUGUUUGGUUUAAUAAAACUAAAAGCAAAGAUGUUAUUUACAGGUUAAGAGUUGAUACAGAUAAUACCCCGGUAACAAUUGAAACUCAUAAUCGGUUUUGGUUCCCGGGUCCAAUGGAUAGUAUGGCUGAAGAUUUAAAAUAUCAUCGAGGAUUUGUUCAAAUUAAACAAGCUUUAGAUACUGGAAUAAUACGUUACAAAAAGAGUUUACUAAUAAUGGAAAAAGAAACAAUGGAACAUCAAGUAAGUGACAACAAAAAAUCGGCAGAGGAUGAAUUAGAAAAAUUUUUGAGUUGGGAAGAUGAUGACUUCAAUUCACCUUCAACAACAGAACCAAUUCUAACUAGUUCAGUUGGUCCUGAAUAUAACAUAUCAAGAUCAACUACUGAGACAUCGAUAUUUUUGAAUCUUUUGGGCAAUGCGAAAACAAAUAACACUUCAUCUGAAAAAAAUAUAAGUAAUCUUAUUGGACCUUUUGAAUGGGAUGAAGAUUUUGAUGGUCCAUUCAAUGGUAGUUCGAAAGAUGAAAGUACAACUACUAUAUCGUCUUUGGAUAUUGAAAAUGUUACAGAUCCGCCAUCGAAUGUUAGAAAGAAAAGACAAUUUGAUUUUUUCAAUAUGCUUUUUGGAGGCGACAGUAAUAGCAAAAGUAAAAAAGAUGAAUCUGGAGUCGAUGAUAUUAAAGUAUACACAAAACAAUUCCCGUAUCCUUCAUACAUUAAAGAUGAUUUCAAGAGAGGCCUUUAUUUGGGACAAGCAGUUCAAAUGUCUUUUUUUUUUGCUCUGAUGAUUCAAAUUGCAACUUGUGUUCGAUACAGAAUUUGGAUGAAAGAGAGUAAAAAUACAAUGGUAAUGAGAUCCAUGGGUUUAAAAGCUUCAUCAGAAAUUUUAGCUUGGAUUUUCACAACAUUCAUAGAAAUAUUGGUCAUAUUUUUAAUCGCUUGUUUAAUUCUUUACGUUGGUGCAAUUUUGGAAUAUACCAGUUUUGUCUUUAUUAUAUUAUUUUUAAUCUUAUUCGGGCUUUGUACGAUAUCUUUUUGUUACAUGUGUUCAACAAUAUUUGCCUCGGCCAGUAUUGGAUCAGUAGCUUCAGCCAUUUUAUUUUUGAUGACAUUCUUACCAUACAUUAUUAUAAUUUGCUUAGAUACUAAGUUGUCUAAAUUUAUGACAUUUAUUGUAAAUUUAUCCCUUUCAACAUCAUUUUGUUACGCUUGGGAGCAUGUUAUGCGCCAAGAACUGCAAGCAACUGGAAUGUCUUAUGGUCAAGCAUUUAACGAAGGGUUGGAAGGAGAAUUUACAUAUGGUGUUUGUAUGUUAAUUUUGGAUGGUAUUUUAUAUGCAAUUAUAGGCUAUGUUAUAGAAACAUAUUAUAAAAAUGAUGAUGAUAAGUAUUAUAGAGUUGAUAGAGAAGAUUUAGAUCCAAGUUUGGGUGCCUUAAUGGAAAAUGUUACAAAAGUUUAUAAUAAUGAAAAAGUAGCUAUAAGUAAUAUUUCGUUAACAUUUCCGAAAGAUGAAAUAACAUGCUUGCUGGGACGGAAUGGAGCUGGGAAAAGUACAAUUAUUAAAAUGCUCACUGGGCAAAUAACUCAAACAAAUGGAAAAGUUGUAAUAUCACAAGCUUUAAGUGACCGUAAUGAACCAGAUAAAGUCGGUUUUUGCUCACAGGAUAACGUUUUAAUCCCACAAUUAACUGCCAAAGAGCACUUAUUAUUAUAUUCAAGAAUAAAAGUAAAAAAAAAUUUCGAAGCAGAAGUUGAAAAGACAAUGCAAAGUCUAAAUUUUGGUAAAUAUGAAGAUUUUCAAGCUAAUCAACUUUCUGGUGGUUAUCAAAGAAGAUUAUGUGUGGCAAUUGCGUUUAUUGGUUCUCCAAAUUUAGUUAUUUUAGAUGAACCAUGUAGUGGUGUCGACACCAAAGCAAGAAAAUGUGUAUGGGAGCUUGUAGAAAAAUUACGUAAAGGAAGAGCUGUUGUUUUGGCGACUCAUUAUUUAGAUGAAGCUGAGUUUAUGAGUGACAAAAUUAUAAUUAUUCAUAAUGGCCAAAUAAUAAGUCGCCAUAGUCCAGAAUCAUUAAAGAACUUAAUUACAAAAUCAUUUAUACUGUCAAUUAAACUUAAUGGAAAGGAUCCUGCUAUAACGGAAAAAAUUCAUGAAGAAUUCAAAACUCACUUGAAAAGUUUUACACCAAUAAGUGCAAAUCAUUCAAAAAUUGAAAUUGAAGUUAUUUAUGAUCCUAUAUUGAAUGAUUACCCUUCUUUAUUUGACAAAUUAGAAGAUCUUCAGGCACAACAAAGAAUAUCUGACAUUGUAAUUUCCAGUAAUAGUUUAGACCAAUUAUUUGCAAACUUAAAUAAGACAGAAAUAUUAACAAAUGGUAGUGUAAUAAAUUCAAAUGGAAAUUCAGAAAAUUAUGAAAAAAUUGAUUUAACGCGACAAGAUCCACAAGAAUUUCACAAUUCGAUAAGCCGUUGGGAAUUAAUAAAAAAUCUAUUUAAAAAACGUUUAAUACAUUUUUCACGUAAUUUAAAACUUUUAAUUUGUGUAUUAGUUUUGCCAGCAUUAUUUGAAAUAAUUGCAAUGAGUUUUGUUGAAUUGAGACCAGGCGGAGAAUUUGAUACACCAUUAAAUUUAACAAGGAAUUUGUAUCCUGAAACUUCAGAAUUUUUCAGUAUAGUGAAACCAAACAAUUUCACUGAAUUAACUUAUAAUAAAUCUCAUGAACAUUGUGAUGGGAUUGAUGAUUCAUUUGCAUGUUUUGAUUUUAAGGAUUCUUAUUUGGCAUAUAAAUGGUUAUUAGAAACUGAUGAUUUAUAUAGAAUGAAUCGAUAUGGUGGAUUAACUUUUAAUAAAACAUCUGUUAAUGUUUGGUAUAACAAUAAGGGUUAUCAUUCAAUGGUUUCGUGGCAAAAUGAUUUAAAUACAAUGAUGCUACGAAGUGAAAUGAAAGAUGAUGAAUAUGGUAUAACAACUUAUAAUCAUCCAUUGAAACUAGGUGAACGCGAAUUAAGUGCAUCAUCGAUAUUGCAACAAGUUUCAGAUGCUGGAAUCGCUUUUAUUUUAUUGAUUGCAUUUAGUUUGGUUGUUGCUAGUGCGUCCGUGUAUAUUGUUAAUGAAAGGGUUAGUGGUGAAAAAUUACAACAAAAAUUAUGUGGAGUAGAUAAUCUUACUUAUUGGGGAGUAGCACUUGUAUGGGAUUUAUUGAUUUAUUUGCUGGCUGUGUUAAUUUGUGUAGUUAUACUGUAUAUAUACAGUUUCCCUAUUUAUGUGGAUCGAUCACAAAUGAAUGGAAUUGUAUUAUUAUUAGUUUUAUUUGGGUUUGCAACAAUUCCAGCUGUGUAUGUUUUCGAGAAAUUAUUUUCUGAAGCAAGUUUUGCUAAUAUGACAAUUUUCUGUUUGAAUGUAACAAUAGCUUUAACAACUUUAACUAUAAUAACUGUGAUUGAUGUUCUCGGUGAGACUGACACUGAUGUUUGGUGGAGAAAUUUUUUGAAUAGAUUAUUUUUAAUAUUUCCACAACAUGCACUAUCAGAUGCCUUAAUUGAAAUAUGUAAAAAUUAUAUAUUGGGCGAAGUGAUGCGUCGUUUCGAUAUUGAAACUUAUAAAUCACCUGUUUCUAGUCCAUUACUUGCACGUCAUUAUGUCGCUUUAACUUUAUUGGGCAUUAUAUUUUUGUGUCUUAAUUAUUUGUUAGAAAGUGGAAAAUACCAUGAAAUUUCAUCAAGAAUAUGCGCUCUUUUCAAAUCACAAAAAACACCAUUAAAGCCAGUUGAACUUAAAAUUGUUUCCAUACAAAAUUCACUUACAAGAGAUGAUAAAAGUAGUUCAUAUGCUGAAAAUUAUGCUGUUAAAGUAGAUUCAAUAUGGAAGUCCUAUGGUGCUGAAUAUGCAGUACGUGAUGUUUCAUUUUAUGUUCAAACCGGUGAAUGCUUUGGUUUGUUAGGCAAAAAUGGUGCUGGUAAAUCUACAGUAUUUAAGAUACUUUCUGGUCAAAUCCAUUAUGACAGUGGAAAUGUACAUUUUUUGAACAAAGAAAUUUCAUAUUGUCCUCAAACCAUAGCUUUGGAUCCGUUAUUGAGUGUUGAAGAAGUCAUUAAAUUUUAUAGUAAACUGAGAAGAGUUAAAGAUGCUGCAAAGUGUGUGGAACAUUUACUUCUUGCAUUUAAUUUGGAAUCGUAUAGAAAAGUUUUAGUAAAAAAUUUAAGCGGUGGAAAUAGAAGAAAAUUAAAUGUUGCUGUUUGUUGUAUUGGUAAUAGCAGUGUUGUAUUAAUGGAUGAACCAACAGCUGAUAUGGAUCCAGUAACAAGAUCAUUAGUAUAUAAAGUUAUUAAUGGUUUAUUAGAAGAACAAAAAAGUGUUCUGUUAACAUCACAUUCAAUAACAGAAAUUGAUAAAGUAUGCCAAAGAAUUGCAGUUAUUAAGGAAGGCCAAAUAAUUAGUUGUGGUACGCCACAACAAUUGGAACAGAAAUAUGGUGGUUAUUAUAAUGUUGUUAUAUUCCUAAAUAAGACUGAAGUUUAUGAAAUGCAAAAGAAUAUUGUAGUGGAGUUUCCGGAUUGUACUGAAAUUCAAGUUCAUCAGCAUUCAAUUAAGUUCAUGAUUAGAGUACAAAAUACAAUUGAAGAAAAAUCUAAUUCAAAGUCACAAAACGAAAAUUCAAUUAGUUUAUCAAAUUUAUUUGCAAAAAUAAAUCGUUUUUCUGCAGUAUAUGAUGUUCGAUAUGCUUUAAGUCGAUGUCGUUUGGAUGUGAUAUUUGAAAAAAUUUUAGAUUCAAAUGAAAUUAAAAAUGAACAUUCGAUAGCAACGUCAAGUUUUAAUAAUUCAUUGAUAGCUUCACGUUCAGAUGAUGGUGGUUAUGAUCAUAAGAGUUUCAUUAAAACUGAUUAAAGAAAUUCUAAAAAGGAUGUUCUUGUAAUUAAGUUAAGAAAAAGUUAAUUUAUUGUGAUACAAAAUGAAAAAGAAUAUUUAAAUUUUUAAGUAAAUUAAGUAAAUAUUUUUUAAUAAUUAAAAAGUUAAGGUAAUUUAAGAAUGUUUGUAUAUAUUUAAGGUAACAAAUUGUGUUAUUGUUAAAAAUUAUAAUAUGGAGUAUGCUCUUAAAAUAGUGUCUUAAAUUUUUGCUUAAACGAAUUUUCUUCUAUUUUACUUUUAAAUGUUUGCAAAUUAAUAGCAGAAGAUUCUAGUGGAAUCUCUUGUAUUUAUCUAUAAUCAAAAAUCUCUUGUAUUUAGAUAUCAAAUAAUGAGCCAUUAUCAUAACCAACUUAACAGAGUUAUAAAUAAUUUGAAUAUUAAUUGAAGUUUUUUUCAGGCGCUCUGUUGCUUGAACAAAGUCAACAAUAAUUAGUAUAAACUUUGAAAAUUUUUUUUUUAAUGUUAAUAAUCUGAAAACAAAUGCUGUAAACGCUUUUUUCGUUCUAAACUAAUUUUAUUAUAAUACUGGUUGAUAAUUACAUUUUUACUAUUUAUAAUAAUGUAGAAAAUUUCUGGUUAUUUUAAUGUUACUUUGGAUUUAUAGAAUAAAAUUCAGUAACAUUGUAAAUUGACUUAUGUAUAUAUAAUAUUUGUUACCUUGAAUCUGUUUUAAAUUGCAAUUAUUAAGCUAGUGAGCAUUACAGGAAAUUUUUAUUAAAAAAGUUAUUUGUGCAUUCAGAAAAGAUUUUGUGUAUAUGUUUUAAGGUUUUGUUGUGUUUUUUUGGGAACUCUUUUGUUUUAGAUUUAAAUAAUACUUAAGAUAAAAUUUUGUAAAUAAAAUUUGAAUAUAGUAUAAAUGUGUAACUACAA